CCCGGAAGUUGGGAGGAAAGAUCGGCCGCUUCCGGUGACGUACGCCCAGCAAGAUGGCGGCGCCCAGAGCGGUCUUGCGCCUGGUACCCCCCAAAUGGAAUGUAGGUAGGAGGGGCUUCCGUGAUCUGAGUGGAGUGGUGACCCCAGAGCGCAAUCUGAGGAAGAAGAGGACGCUGCUGCAGUUCCUGUCUGACCAUUUCUAUGAGGUGGAGUUUCUGAGGGAGUAUUUGCUCCAGAGGCAGAUACAGAAGGUGCAUCUGGACAACAGCAGAGCCUACAGUCACAUCGAGAGCACAUAUGGCCCAGAUAUCGCAGGAGCCUACUUUGUCCUGAAGCAUGGAGGAGCAGUCAAGUAUGACAGCAGAGGUUUCCUGUUUCGAGACAUGGAGUGGAUCAGGUCAGAGGAGUGGAGGCGGUUCAUUGCUGAGGUCUCCAGGUUCCAAGCAGUGCCUGUGGAGGCUGUAGAUGCCAGUGGCUCUGCCAUCAACUACCAUGGCCUGGACAGCCUCUUGUCCCUGAAGGAGCUCCAGUCCCUGUCACUGCAGCGCUGUCCCCACCUGGACGACUGGUGCCUUAGCCGCCUCUACCCACUGGCUGGUUCGCUGCAAGAGCUCCUGCUGGCCGGCUGCCCCCGCAUCUCAGAAAGGGGCCUCGCCUGCCUCCACCAUCUCCCGAACCUCCGUAAACUGGACAUCUCAGACCUCCCUGCUGUGGAGUUCCCAAGCCUCACUCAGAUCCUGGUGGAGGAGAUGCUGCCCAACUGUGAGGUCAUUGGGACUGACUGGGCCCAGGGCUUGAGGCAGGGGCCAGAAGAGCAGCCUCAGGACACAGCCGGCCCCAUCCCUGCCGAGCCUCUGGCCCAAGGACCUCGGCGAUCCCUGUGGAGUAUCUGAUGGCUGCCUACUCUCUGCCUUCGGAGGUAGGGUGCAUUCAGCAUUGGCCAUGAGGGGCUGGUGGACCACAGGGAAGGACGCAUGAGGUUGGAGUAUUUAUUACUGGCUGCUCAUGACUGACAGUCCCCUCCAUACAGCUCUGUCCCCAGCCUCUCCAGCUGUCAGUAGGACAGAGCUGCACUCACCUCCAUGAUUCCCCACACGUGACCCACCCACCCAUGUUUGAAGUUGGGCAUCUGAGGUCACAGGCACCCUGACAGACCUGAGGUGCUGCUGGCACUUCACAGCAACGGCUCCUCCCUAUGCAGGAGUGACCAGCUCGUUUCAACUUGUCCACCAUCCAUAACCCUCACUCUCUAAAUGCCCAAAGCUCCACAGUUCCUCUGGUGUGGCUGGUUAUUGAUUUUACUAGCUUUCAGUUUCAAGUUCAACUUUUUUCUCCUACUCUAUAAAACUGGAGCUGGGAUUUGGACUUACUUCCUUUGCCAGCUGGCACAAAAGGCUUCAUCAGCAAAGGAUGCUGGAGACGUGUCCAGGAGGAAAAGUGCUAUGCUUUGUGCCCCGUGCACCUAAGCUUCUCCAGAUUUGGGCCACAGGGCGUGUGGCACCCCCGCCCCUGUGGUUUCUUCUGGGCACAGCCCCUCCACGAGGCUCCCCAGCAACCAGCAGGAUUUCCAAUCAUUUCUGAGACAUUUACUACUGAAUUCUUCUGAUUUCAAUUCACUGUUGAAUAAUCUUUUAUAUUAAAAUUUCCCUGUUAAAUUA